CACGACCGCCGACAUGAAGCUUCUGUGCAGUGUGCUAAUCCUGGCCAGCAUUUUUGGGUUCCUUCAGGCCAAGCCCAACCUGCAGGUCCAGAGCGCCUUGGACCAGUAUCUGGUGCACGCCCGCGAUCUGAAUACCAUUGUUUCCGAGGAUGUGACCACCCAGUGCUUCAACCUCUACCUGCCCAUGCUGAACGAAGUGGCGGCCACCUUCUCGAGUUCCUACCAAGGUUGCAUCAGCGCCGCCAAUGCCCAGACCGCCAAUCUGACGGCCCAGGCUGAUCAGCAGCAGAAGAGCUACCAGUCGGAGGUCUCCAGCCUCUGCAGUGCAUUCACCUCCUGUGACAGCAACAAGGAUACCACCAACUUCUUCAACUGCUAUGCCAAUGCGGCCCAAAGUGAUGUUUCCGCGAUCUACGACCUGGCCAGCAAGGCUGCUGAUUCGGCCAGUUCCUUGACCCAGGGCAUCCAAGCCAUCCAGGAGACGGAGUACCAGUGCACUAACGCCACUGAGAACAACUAUGUGCGGGAUACGGCGGCCACCUAUGACCUGCUAGACAGUUGUCUGAAGUACGGAGUGCCCACCACCACCACUGUGGCCACCACCAAAGCCUCCACGCGUGCCCCCACGACCUCCACCUCAGACGGGCCCUUCUAUUUCGAUCUUUGAUUACUUCCCUGAGCCUCUCUAAUUUGAAAGAAAAAUAUUAGCGACUUCAAGCAAUUUUAAUAAAUAUGUGUGCAAUUAAACAUUUUAGUUUUCGAUAAUGCAAAAAAA